AUGAAACCAAAGGACAAGUUUCUCAAAGGUCCCAAUAAGGAGUACCAUCACAUGCAUGUGAUGACCAUAAACAACUUCAUCAUCAUCAUCAUCACCAUGGUCAACCCUUUGAGAUUCUUUGACAAAAUAGAAGAAGCCAUUGGUGGCUCUGAAAUUGUAGCUGACAUUUCUUCACCAUCACCAGAAAUUGCAGCAGGUUCAUUCUAA